AUGAAGUACUUGUACAACUAUUUGGCUACGCCGGAUGACAAACACCCAUUUUUUCGUGCUAAAAUGGCAUUCCUCACCUCAUAUAGUUUCAGUUUUAUAGUUGCUGGUAGCAGUUACCUCUACGCAUUUACGUGUGGUAAAAACCUAACUCAGGCUGGAGUGAAAUGCAUUCAAUACAUACUUAUUGGUGCCGCUGCAGGAUUAGGUCAUUCAUCUGCUUCUUUGAUAUCAGCAAAAUCUACUGGGGUUUCAGAUGGUUUGUUCAAUCAUGCAGUUGGUGGAGCUGUUAGCGGUCUCAUAUGCACCUGGAAAUACUCAAGGGGCAUUCGUAUGUCUGCUUGCGGUGGAUUUCUAAUCGCGUCAGUUGCGGCUAAAGCCUAUGUACAGUUUCUCGAGAAGUAUCCUGACUUUGUUGUUCCUCUUGUUGGAGAACGUUAUCCAUUACCAUAUGCAACUCUCAACCACCGAUGGAUGAACUGGCAAGCAAAACAACAAGAAGAAGAGCUUGAAAAACAUGUUUAA